AUGCCUCCACCGACAAUGCACUCAAAGCAGCUUAACAUGCCAGUUUGCAAAUAUGAGGUGUUAGAUGGAUCGCCGACUGGCCCACCUGUUUAUUUUGCAACUGUCGGUCAGAUGGUUUAUCAUAAAUGGACAUGCGACACGGAGCACGAAAACACGUUCUGUAUGCUUGUUCACUCUUGUUUCGUUGAUGAUGGAAACGGUCAGAGAGUUCAGCUUUUGAAUGAGAAAGGGUGUGCCCUUGACAAGUAUCUUCUGACCAAUCUUGAGUAUCCCACAGAUUUGAUGGCAGGAAGAGAAGCUCACGUGUACAAAUACGCUGAUCGUGACAAUAUGUAUUUUGAUUGUCAAAUAUCUAUCACUGUCAAAGAACCAGGGCUUGACUAUUGUGAUGUACCAUCAUGCCCGGACCCACCAAGAAGGAGAAGAUCCAACAGUCUGCCAGAACCAAUGGAAAACAAUACAUCCAUAUCUGCACAAGUAGAUUAUGAAGACUCCGAGAUAGUGAGCGAUUACAUCAUUCCAAAUGAUGACAUAAUCUCGCUAAACUGGCUUCAAAGAAACUUUGAUAUGAGAAUUAGCGAACUCUGUAUGACCGCCAUCGGGACCACUGUUCUUGUCUUCCUCAAUGCCUUCUUGUUCAUCGUCUCACUGGUUUCUAUAAUGCAUGUCUGCUGCUUCCGGAGCUCCUCGAAACUUGACAAUACCCAGUCAACUAUGCUAUAA